AUGCUCGUCACCUGUAUCCUGAUCACAAUCGGCACCCAGUACGGUCUUGGACGAAGAAUGGAGGCUAUCGAUCCCCUGUUGAUACCGCGAGCUCUCAAGUGGAAUGUAACCAUCAGCUCGGUACUGAUAUGGACGUUUUCGCUACCCAAGUUCGCCAUUAUCGCUAUCCUCAAGCGCAUUCUGGACUAUGGCCUCAAGACGACGAUACUAUUCUGGGGCCUCGCGCUCAGCUCCCAGGCCUGUAUAUUGGCUACCUCAAUCUGGUGGUACAAGCAAUGCGAUCCGGUUGAAUUCGGCUGGGACAGAACCAUACCUGGCGGAACAUGUGCCAGUACCAAGGUCAUGUCAAAUUUGGGCUAUUUCACUUCGGCCUACUCUGCCUUCCUAGACGUGUUCUUUGCCCUUUACCCGAUUCCAUUCAUUAUGCGCCUCAACAUGCCGCUCAAGAACCGUAUCCUGGUCUCGAUGGCGCUGGGCCUCAGUAUCCUGGCCUUCAUCCUCACCAUCUACAAACUCACAAUCUUUGGGGAGGUUUUUGUCGUAUUGGCGGAGAACCCGACUUACCCGGUUCCGCUUCUCGAUAUACUCGGUCUAGGAGAGGGUUGCAUUCUCGUGGUAUGCUCCUCUUUGCCCACGCUGGGCCCGCUCUUCCGCUCGGUCCGAGGCAAAGUACGGACUCUCAGUGGCAGUAAGAACGCCAGCCAGAGACGACGCAGCAGCACCACCCACCGAGGGCUAUCUAGCACCAGCGGAAGAUGGGGUAAACUCCAAGGGCAUCAAUCGGGUGACGAGGAGAGGACAUCGAGCCACGCAGGUGAAAGCAUCGACGACAUCCCGCUUGUUUACCACGGCGCGGACCAGAUCCACAAGACACUUGAGUUUGAGGUGACCACGAGUGCAAAGGGUGACCGACGGGCGAAGCCAAUUGACGAUCGUAACACUUAG